UCUCUAAGACAUGGCCUGCUCCCACAGGCACGGGCCCGACUCACAAAAGUGACUAUGCGGAGUCCGGUAGUGGUCAUGCGCAUACGCGAUGUAAAACACAGGAGGCACAGGCACGCGAGGCACGCGAGGAGACACAGGAGGAGGGAGAAAGUGGUCUGCCCUGUGUCUGCCCGUGGUCGGUCCAUUGCGCGUGCAGUUUUUCGCAAGGCGAAAGAGGCAAGUAUCCCUUUCAGACGCAGGACGCGGUGCCUCCAAGUCAUGCUAUCUAUAGCAUGGGUACUGGCCGCUUGCUUAUCGCAAAUUCCGAACUAUGUCCACGUUGAACAGUAGUGCAGUCAGCCAGAACUACACAAAAUGCGGAUGGCCGGAAGUUCAUCUCCCUGGCCAUAGCCACAGGAUCCACGAAAUUCACUACCUGGAUAUGUACUUGUAUCCGUUCCUGCUUGCGCUGACUACGAUAGGGAAUUGGCUCAACAUCCUCAUUCUCAAACGCGAGAGACCCCGCACGUCCAAGAACGUUUAUCUUAUCGCGGUGGCCGCAGCCGAUAUCACUUUCAUGUGGAGUGCCCUUUUAAUGUACUUAAACAACUGGAACGGAAAAGCGCAGGGCUUACCCCAUCCCUGUUUACGGGUCGCAGUCGAAUGGCUGGCGGGUGUCUGUGAAUUCUUCCAGGGAACGGCUGCUAUAUUUUCCUACUGGGUAAUCAUUGCGUUCAGUGCAGAACGUUUCCUGGCCAUCAAGUAUCCACUGCGGCACAGGAUCAGGGACAGUCUACGACAGUCCCGCAAAGCCAUCUGUGCUAUCCUCUUAAGUGCCAUGCUGUUCUCUUUAUACCAAUUAAUUAACUACUACUUAUUCUAUUAUUAUCGUUUUUACGCCAAUGUCGAUCCGCUGGACCAGCGAAUCGCGGCUCUGAGCCACGGGAGCGCGAUCCACACUUGGAUAAAUAUCGGAAUCGCACUGCGAAUUUUUUUUUUUCUGGUUCUCAACAUUGCACUGUUGCGGGAGAUUCUGCGCAUCAAAAGCAUCAACAGGAUGUAUACGCAUGCCGUCGAUGCUUCGUACUCCAACUAUGAGAAUUUUACCAGUUGUGCCCAGCAAUCAUCGCAGCCGCUCUGUUGCAAACUCGGAGAAGAAUGCCUUUAUCUGUUUGGCAGCCGUCGUCCUGCUAUUUCUCAUCACACAGUUGCCCCGCGUCCUUCACAGCGUCUUCCUUGUGCUAGUAAAGUUCUGUGUACGCGAGUAUCCUAUGAUGUGGCGACGCUUCGUCGUUUCCGUCUGCAGUUUCCUCCUCAACCUCAAUCUCCUGUAAAUGUUUACUGUACUGCACUGUUGACAAAACAUUCCGCAGGAAUGUCUGCCGUAUGUGUCCUGCUAUACGGCGGGCGGUUCGCGGUGUGCUGAAGCGCAGCGGAAAGCAUCAGGUGGGACAGCGGGCACCAGUCUCAUAAGGUCACACUGCGCUGAUGAUUUUACUUGAAUGAACUUGAAAUAUAAGUAAUUGUAGUGUUGUCAUGUUGUACUUAGCAACAGUUGUU